AUGAGUCAGAGAGUGGCACAGAACUAACUCGAGUGCAGUGCGAGAGCAGUUUGAGGAGUUUUAUACUUCCUAAAACUACCACAUACUACUUUUUAUUAUCUUAUCUGAUCGUAAGCUAACUGGUGAAGACUUAACACAUCACACAUCCGGGCCACUGCGUAUUUUUCUGUGUAUAAUCCUGAGUUUGGGCGUUUCUCGAAUUCGAAAGGAAGUGUUGGAUCCAUGGCUGAGUGUAUUGACGAAGAAAUGCCGGAGGAGGCUCAACCCCUGCGGCAGGACCUGACCUGCCCCGUGUGUCAGGGCAUCUUCCGGGACCCCAUGCUGCUGCCCUGCACCCACAGCUUCUGUCGGGAGUGUCUGCAUAACAGUGCGAAGGUGAACAAGAAGUGUCCCGUGUGCAGAACCUUGUUUGAGGAAUCGCAGGCCAUCGCCAACCGCGCGCUCAACAGUACGUGCGAGACUUUCCUCAAGCAGUCUAAUUGGAUGCAGACCCGGAAGCUUCCCAAUGAGGAAGACACCUGCAACCUGCACCUGAGGCCUCUGGAGCUGUACUGCGAGAAGGACGAGGAGCCGCUGUGUGUGGACUGUGUGGCCAUGCACAACACACACAAGCUCUUCUCACUCAAAGAUGGGGCUCCGAUAUGUAAGAAAGAGCUGAGCUUCAAAGUCCAGAUUUUUGAAAAGAAAGUGGAGGAGUACAAGAAAUGGACACGCAAACUCAGCAAUUCAGUGGAAUACGUCAAGUAUCAAGCUGAGCAGGCAGAGAGGCAGAUCAAGGCUGAGUUUGAGAGGCUGCACAAGGCGCUGGUCGCAGAAGAAGCUCUGUGCCUCAAAGCCCUGUCCGAUGACGAGGGGCAGAAGAUCGCCAGCAUACAGGGGAAGAUCGACAAAGCAAACGAGGACAUCGAGGCUUUGAAGGCGCUCUCUGAAACCCUGAAGAAAGAGAUGAGCAACGACGAUCUUCCCCUCCUGAAGAAUUUCCAGAAGUUAAAGAGAGAAGCUCAGUGGACUAAGGACGACCCUUCCAUCCCUUACAACUCGGUUUUGAACAUGGGCAAACAUGUCGGUGCUUUGAGCUUCAACAUCUGGAAGAACUUGCAGGCCCAUGUCAAAUAUAACCCAGUGGUGUUCGACCCCAACACCGCCUCUCCCUGGCUCUCCUUGAACCCAGACCUGUCCUCUGUGAAGGAAAGCUCGGAGCGGCUCACCGUCCCUGAGAACCCGCAGCGCUUCGAUCCCUGCGUCUUCGUCCUGGGCGCUGAAGGUUACAAGACAGGGAAACACAGAUGGGACGUCAUUGUGGGCGACAAUCCCAAGUGGAUUGUGGGAGUGUGCAAAGAGUCCGUGCCCCGUAAGAAGAAGUUCACAGUCUCUACUAACCGAGGUGUGUGGUCCAUUGGACUGAGCAAAGGCGUGUACACCGUCUCCACCCCUGAGCGUACGGAGCUGCAGGUGCAGCAGCGCCCCGAGAGGAUCCGCAUCAAGCUGAACAUGGAUAAGGGAGAGGUGUCAUUUUGGGAUGGGGGCACGACGAAGCACCUUGUCACGUUAACACACGAGUUUGAUGAGGAGAUGUUCCCUCUCUUCGGCCCUGGGCUCUAUAGUAGUCCUACGGUUCUGCCUCAGGGAAAGAUAGCUGUACACACAUCAUAGGCCGAUUUACAAAACUAGGAUUGGAAAUAAGAAUAAAAACCUUUUUACACACAACCUUUUUAAAGUAAGAUACAUUUAACAAAAUGUCACUAUCAGUCACACUGAUUGAUUACAAGUCAAUGUAGCAAAUAAAGGAUACAAAAUAAUAAGGGAUUGAACAAUACAAUUGAGAAAAACAAUCAGUGUAUAGAUAAUCAUGUAAAAAAUCUAAUUAAAUAUAAAAUAAACAGUUUAUAAAUUGGAAAAUUCAGAAAUUACAUUUUUAGUUAACGUAUAAUUCCUUUUCAAGUUCUUUGUUUAUCAUAUAAACAACAAUAACACAGAAGCAGUCGUUUGCUAUGGAAGUCUCAGAGUCCCUCUAACAAUGCUAAAACUAAAAACAAAUAUAUAUGUAAGAAUAUAAUAUAUGUAAUAAAAUAAAACUUAAAAUUAAAAAUUCUAGAGAUAAAAUAUAUUUCUAAUUCAAAGUACAUAAAAGACGAUAAGGAUAUAUUUCAGGUUCGGCAUAAGGGACUCAUGAGAAUUAGAGCCUGUCAAGCUGCAUGAUGCAUCAUUUGAGAAAUUACUUUCUGAAUACUGAUGUCGUUUAAAAAAACUAAACUGAGACGUGAUGAUUUGUUUUGAGAAAGCAGAGGAUAAUCAAAGCCCAAUAUGUUGACAUGUGCCUUAGCUGGAGGAAAGUGGGUUGAUCACUCUUUUGUCGCUACAUUACUAUGGACAGAAACGAAUACAAAAUGACACCAAAAUAACUGGGAACUUGGCUGACGCUGGUGCCAAAACUGAUCACAUUUGAAGUGGUUAAAAAAAAUCUCUCUAGACAUCCAUCUUUUGAUAUCUGAGGGUCAAUAAAUACAAAUGUGAAUGUAUUUAGGUUGCUUGCUUUACUAGAUUUGGGUGCUUUUAUAGUAGUUACGUAAUCCUUACAUUUUUACUUUACACAAUUGUUAGAAUCAAUUGAAAGAAUUGCCUUUAUGCUGGGGAAAUCAUUUGUUGUACUUUUAUAUAAUGUUGUUAUUUUUACUCAAAUAUUGUGGUUUAAAAUGUUAACCGAUCUGUGCUGUUUGGUUUGUUGUAUAUUUUAUCACUCGCUACACAAAUUGUGGCCUGGAAGUAGUCAUGCUCAGUGACAGCUUGUAUGCUAUUGCCUACUACUACUACUACUGCUCUGAAUCUGUUUUUAUCCACAAUCUGUAUUCGCUGUCUCCAUGUAAUCACUUGUUUAAUAAAAACCAAUAAAAUCGAA